AUGAUGUCUUAGCGUAUCCGUGAAGAUCAGAGCUAAAAUAAUAAAAUUGGAAGUUGAAGAUAAGCUGAGAGAAAAUAAAAAAUGGUGGCUCGGAGAUUUCAUGUUCUCCACAAUAACUCCAACUUUGAUCUUGAUUACGACACCGAUGACGGCUUCGAAGUUUUUCAAUUCCAGCUCUUCUCACUCACUUUUGUUCCACCUGAUCAGCAAAAGAUUUAUGGAGCCGAACAUGAUACCCCACUGGCCACUGACUCUGAUCUCAUCUCUAUUUCUGAAAAACUACGACUCGUCUCCAUCAACGACCCAGUACUUGAACCCGAACCCGAAUCAAGCACUGCCGAUUUUCUGAAAUCAGAUGAGGAAUUCGCCAGACUCUUGCAGGCAGAGGAGGAAGCGCUUAUGUUGCAGCAAUAUGUUGCUAGUGAAGACACUCAGCAAUUUGAGAGUAGAGUACGGCCUUACGUUUCUCAAGUCCUCAUGUAUGAGGAUGAAAGGCGCCAGGAGGCUGCUCGGAAGACCGUUCGUGUGGAAGAGCUUGAGGAGAAAGCCUUGGUCUCUUUGGCCAAGGAGGGGAACUUCAAGCCAUCAAAAAUAGAACAAGACCAUGCUUUCCUGCUGCAGCUGCUUUUCUGGUUCAAACAAUCCUUCAGUUGGGUGAAUUCACCAUCUUGUCAUGAUUGUGGCAACGAAACUAAAAACCAGGGUAUGACUGCUGCACUUCCUUCUGAGACUCUUUAUGGAGCUUCCAGGGUUGAACUUUAUCGCUGCACCUUUUGCUCGAAACUGACUCGCUUUCCACGAUACAAUGAUCCAAUGAAGAUUGUGGAAACAAGAAAGGGCCGCUGUGGGGAAUGGGCCAAUUGCUUUACACUCUAUUGUCGAGCUUUUGGCUAUGAGUCACGUCUGAUCCUGGAUUUCACGGAUCAUGUUUGGACCGAAUGCUUCUCUCAAUUAUUGGGAAGAUGGAUGCAUCUCGACCCAUGUGAAGGAAUCUAUGACAAGCCAUUGUUAUAUGAAAAAGGGUGGAAUAAGAAAUUAAAUUAUGUAAUUGCCAUAGCAAAAGAUGGAGUUUAUGAUGUCACCAAACGAUACACAAGGAAAUGGCAUGAGGUCUUAUCUCGACGUACUAUGCUUACUGAGCCUUCUUUGUCAUCUGUACUCACUAAUAUAACAAAAGAGAGACGAAGAGGCUUUGCGUCUCAUAUACUUUCAAUUAUUGAAGCACGAGAUAGAGAAGAAAACCAACAACUUGAGAGGAGUUUACAUUCUGAAGAUGAUGAGUCACUCUCAUUACCUGGAAGGAGAAGUGGGAAUGAGGAAUGGCGCAAAUCCAGAUUAGAAUUGGGUUCUGAUAAGCUAAGUUCUUCUGCUUGCGCAGUUCGAUUGUGCAUAGAUGAGCACGUGACAAAGACUUAUAAUGCAUUUUAUCCAGUUCUUUAUCAAUUUGUUGAGGAAGAAGUAACAAAGUCUGAAGCUGUUGAAAUACUUGGGAUCGUUAAAGGAGUUCUCUUGGAUCUUCGCAAUUACCCCUUUAAAACAAGAAGGACCCCCAUUGAUUCAGUUCUAAAUAAACCAAAAUUUCAGAAACUGUUGCCAUCUUUUGAUGACUUACUUGUUGCUCUUUCACUGGAGAAAAAGAUGAAUACAGAUGGGAGGGUUGAAAUUUGUUUGGCUGGUAACCCUGUACUAACUUCUUUAGCAUUGCCUGUUGUGCUAGAUGCUCUGGAUGACAUGAUUUACAAUCUUAACAAGUGUGAAAACUAUGGGAAAGAUAUGUUCCAGUUGCCACUUCUAAAGUUAAAUAGAGUACAUUCUGGUUCUGUCAUUGCAAGUGCAGAGGAGUUGCCUUUUGGGAUUGUAACAUCAGCAUUUGAUGGAACUCGAAUAUCAAAAUGGGAAGAACCAAACGGAGCAAGAGGUUGUUGGGUCGUGUAUAAAACAUUUGCUAACAAGAUGUUUGAGCUUGUCGCAUAUGAUUUAAUGUCAGCCAAUGAUGCACCAGAAAGGGAUCCAAUGGACUGGAUUCUUGAAGGGAGCAAUGAUGAGGGGAUCAGCUGGCAAGUUUUGGACAAGCAAACCUCUCAGUUCUUCGAAGACCGUUUCCAGCGUAGAACAUACAUGAUCAACUCAGCAAGUUUUCCAUCUAAUGUUUUCAGGUUUAGGUUUCUGGCAGUCAGAGAUAUUCACUCUACUUCCCGGCUGCAAAUUGGUAGCAUUGACCUCUAUGCCAAAACAUCAUCAAAUAUUGGUAAAAUGUCAACUGAGUUGAGUUGAGUUGAGCAGAUUACAUUUGAUGACAAAAAAAUAAAAAAAUUAAAUUAAAUUAAAGGGUUAUUUUGGGCAUUAUACAAAAACUGAAUAUGGUUCGGCCCAUGCUAAGCUUUAUUUUGGGCAUUGUGAAGGUGAAUGUACAGACACAAGCAUUUCUUGAGCUAUAUUUGCCUUACCAGUAACUAACUGAAAAUCACAUCGGUGGCCCUCUUGAAUAUUGCUUCAGUACAUCGUGUUAUUUGGCA